CUGGAAUGCCUGGCCACCAUCAGCAAGCACAUUAAGUUGGGCAAGCCUGUUGAGCAGGCAGUUGCUGACACAUGCAUUGGGGAGCCACAAUGCAAGGAGUACAUUGACACCAUUGCAUAUUUUGCAAAGCUCUACACUGGAGGGGAGGAAAUGCCCAUGGCAGAUUUCUUGGUGGCAUUUAGCAAGCAAUAUGGUGAAAGUGCCUUGCUUGGAGAAGAGUUUAUGCGGAUGGUGACCCAUUAUGACUUCAGGCUGCAAGGCACUGUGCUUCCUUGCUUCAGGGUGGCCUUGGUAGCCACCCAGUUGAGUGCCAGCAAAGUUGUUGACAAGGUGAGCAAGCUACUUGUUAAGGGUGACUUUGAUCGCCUCAAGAACAAAUGCAGCAAUGCACUGAAGGAAGUUGAGCUGUUGCUCCAUGAUGGGUGGAAGAUUGUCCAGAAAGCAGGCCAUUUGGAAGAACGCAAGAAGCUUGGUGUUUUUGGCAGGUAUUGCAUCAGGCUUGUGCUAUUCCUAUGCCAGAAGCAAAAGGCUGGGAGGGAAUCCAAGCCUUGGAUGAAUAUGAAGGAAAUCACUGAUCAGUUUGCAGCUGAAAUGCUCUGCCCACCUGGGUCCAGCAGCAGCAGCAAAGAUGCUCCAGGGAAGGAAGCUCCUGCCAGCCAGGUGGAGUUUCAUGAUUUGCUCAGUGCCAAUGAGGCAGAAAUUGCCUUGCUCCAGCAUAAGCACUUGAAGGUGGGAGAGCAUUACCAGAAUGCCAAGUACCAUGGUGCCACCAUCUUCAAAUUGUUUGAGCAUGUGCCCCUUGUUGGCUCUGCCAAUGUGCAAGAAGUGCCUCUAGGCGAUGAUUUGAAGGAGUGGAGGCACACCAAGAAGCCCACGCCAGCUUUGCUACCUCCAGAGGUUGCAGAGAAACAUUUGGGCCACACAUCUACUGCCCUCCAAGACAGCAUCCUCUUGCAUCAAACACAGAUCUCUUUGCACAAGGCUUUUAUCACCAGCCCUGUGAAUGCAAAAGCUAUUGGCUUUGUGUCCAACCCACCUGGGGUUUGCUCCCUGAAGGCUUUUGCUGAAGGUGCUUUGGUGCUCAAGCCCUAUGGAACCCUGUGCCAAGCAAAAGACCAGGAGAAGGCAAAGUUCUUGGUUGGCAAUUUUGUCAUCAGCCCACCCAAGAUUGUCUCAGAAUUUGAAAAGCUUGAUGAGAAGAGUGUGCUCAUACCAUUUUGGUAUGUCAAAGCCACACAAGAUGAAGACCUUGUCACAAUGGAGCUUACAAAGAAGACUGUGCAAGGCAUUGAGCUGCCUGUGUAUGUGAACUGCAAAGCAGUACAGCCAGGUGACUUGUUGCUGUGUGCCCAUGAAAGCUUGCUCAAGAAGCAAGCAAAAUCUUCUUCAGUAAAGCGCCCAGCUGAUGGCAAGGCUGAUCCCAAGCCAAAGAAGAGGUCUUAG